AUGGGAAACCCUACGCCACUCCAUUCGACAUUUCGGCGCUGUCCUCGUGCAUCCAUCUUCCCUGACGUUGCCGGCUGCUCCCUUCGCCGACGCCGUCCCUUCACCGGCGUCGUCCCUUCGCAGACGCCAUCCCUUCGCAAACGCCGUCCCUUCGCAUCAAUCUUCGCCGACGCCGCUCCCUUCAUCGACGCUGUCCCUUCGCCAUUCACCCUUCGCGCAUCGAUCUCCGCCGACGUCGCCCUCGUCAUCAUGGAAAUUAAUGAUAACGAGGUUGAGGGUGCUAUGCUAACUACUCCAACUGUGGGAAGUGAAGUUCAUGCAGCGACUGAAUCGCAUUCGCAAAAUGAGAGUGUUCCAAUUGAGGCAAAUGAAGCAACUCUAAAUAACACUUUAGAUGUUGAAAUUUCGGGUACAAAUGGUGAAAAGAAAAGAAAAUUUAGAUCUAUUGCAUGGGAUCAUUUCGAGAAAAAAUUAAUUGAAGGAAAAUGGAAAGCGCCAACAAAAUCCAAUGAUGGGACAACGCAGCUUGGGACAUACCAUUUCAACCAAGAUCAAGCAAGGGCAGAGCUUGCAAAUAUGAUUAUAUUGCAUGAGUACCCGUUAUCUAUGGUUGAUCAUGUUGGCUUUAGAAGAUACUCUUAUGCACUGCAACCAAUAUUUAAAGUUGUUUCCCGGAAUACAAUCAAGACAGACAUCAUGAAGAUAUUUGAGUAUGAAAGAAAUAAAACAAUAAAAUUAUUAGACUUAAAUGCUAGUCGGAUUGCGUUGACAACUGAUAUGUGGACGACAAGUAAUCAAAAAAGAGGACUCAUAGCGAUCACUUCACACUUCAUCGAUGUUUCAUGGAAAUUACAAAGUCGGCUUGUCAGGUUUAUAUAUGUGCCGUGUCCACAUACUGCUGAGGUCCUUGCAAAUGCACUUGUUGAUUGCCUCUUGGAUUGGAACUUGGAUCGUAAGUUAUCUACUUUAACCGUUGAUAAUUGCACAACUAAUGAUGCUAUGAUUGAGCUUAUUCUGGACAAGCUUCCUCCGAGUUCACUUAUCUUAGAAGGAAAAUUAUUUCACAUGCGGUGUUGUGCCCAUAUUUUGAAUUUGGUUGUGAGGGAUGGACUAGAAUUAAUCAGUGAUAGCAUUGAAACAAUUCGUUAUAGUGUUGCAUUUUGGACAGCAACACCAAAAAGAGAUGAAAAAUUUAUUGAAACAGCUCGACAAUUGAAGGUUCCAAGCACAAAGAAACUAGAACUUGAUUGUAAAACACGAUGGAACUCUACAUAUUUAAUGCUUAACACUGCAUUGGAAUAUGAAGCUGUGUUUGCUCACUUGAAACAACGUGAGACUUUAUAUAAAAGAGUUCCCACACAAGAAGAUUGGUCAAAAGUGAGAGAUAUUUCUUCCAAAUUGGAGAUGUUUUUUGAUGCCACAGAGUUGUUUUCGGGGACCAAGUAUCCCACUAUAAAUCUUUUCUUCGCAACUAUUUGCGAUAUUAAGUUGGCAAUUGGUGAUUGGCUUCUCUCAGAUGAUAAUUUGGUGAAAACAAUGGCAACAAAUAUGAAAGUAAAAUUUGAAAAAUAUUGGGACAUAAUGAAUUGUUUAUUGGCAAUUGGGAGUAUUUUAGAUCCGAGGUACAAGAUGAAGACAGUUCAAUUUUAUUAUCCUCUUGUUUAUGGUGAUAUGUCUUCGUAUGAGAUUGAAAAACUAAAGAAAAAGUUGUAUGACAUGGUUGAAGAGUAUGAGAAGAAAUCCAAACAAUCGCAGAAAGUGAAAAAUUCACAAUCUUCUUCUUUAAGGCCUCCACUUCCUAAGCGUGGUAGUUAUGCUGAUAAAUUUGAGAUGUUCAUGGAUUCUAAUACUAGUACUGAACAUAAGUCAGACUUGGAUUAUUAUUUAGAAGAGUCUCUUUUGCCAAGAACAAGUGAGUUUGAUAUCUUAUGUUGGUGGAAGACAAAUGGGAUCAAAUAUCCCAUUUUGCAUGAUAUUGCUAAGGAUGUGUUGGCCAUUCCCGUGACAACCGUUGCUUCCGAAUCAACAUUCAGUACUAGUGGGAGAGUUUUAAAUGCUCACCGUAGUAAACUUCAUUCUAAAACUGUUGAGGCUUUGAUGUGUGCUCGAGAUUGGUUAUGGAGUGAAAUUCAAGAUUCUACAAUUUCAAAGGAUCAAAAGUUUGACAAUGAUGCUGAUAUUGAGGAAUCAGAGUCAUGCUCACGCACAGUCACAGAUAGCAACUCUAUAUAA